CUUGAUGAAUACAGUUAUCUCCCCUCCCCACAGUGGACAGAGGGAGUGAUGAGGAAGAGGACCAAAGGAGCAGUAAAGGGACAGUGAGGCUUUAAGAAGCUGAGGUGGAAGGAGGGUGAAGGUGAGAGGCGAUGAUUCCUUUCCUUCAGAGGAAAACCCAAGGCUGAGAUAAUGUGGCAGCUGCAGAGAGGAGGGCUAAACCUUGUUGUAUCUGCAUCUUCUGAAAGCCUGAUCAGGCUCAGCAGAGGGAAUCUACCCUCCAGACAAACACUAGAAAUCAGAAAAUUGAAAAGAGAGAGAGGAGCGAGAGAUCUGACCAAGAGACAUGCAGCACAUUUUACUCCUGGCCUCAACACCCCCUCAACACCCCAGCCUCCUGUAGAGUCAAAUAGUGCAGGAUUCUGUAGGGAUGUUGUGAGGAUGAAAAGACAAGAUAUGUAAAUUGCCUAAGAGGUUCUGGCACAGUGUUGAUGCUCAGAAAUGUUAAUUCCUUUCUUUCAGAUCCAGGAUUGGUGUUAGAGAGAGGAAUGGAGGAACAGGCAUCUCUUAGAAUAGUCUGGGUGACUCAUGACUCCACUUUGUGGGCUGAGCCAGCUCUAUAGGGAUGGUCCUCCUAGAGGUUUGACCAUGAGGAAGUAAAUUGGAGAACACUUCAUGGUGCACCCAGGCCAGUUCUAAGGAAACACAGUUCCUAUUUCUCUAGCAAAAAAGGCUGCAGUUUUCUAGGCAGUAAUUACUUUUCUAGUAUUAUAGUAUAGUUGGGAAAAUUACACACUGAAGAAUAUGUCUACCUGCUUCUUUUGCAUCCCUUUAGCAUUGCUCAUUCUCUCAAGCUAUUUGUUGUAUGGCCUGAAUUUAGAUAAAGUAACAUUGCUAAUAUCAUACACUUCAAUCUCUUUAACUAGGGUUGCCUUCAAACCUGAUCCUUCUACAUAUGUAUUUUUUUGCUAGUUUGGAAAUUUGACAAAAUAGAAGUUUAAAUUGCUUUACACCCACCAGAAGAACUAAAAUUAGAAAGACUGAGAAUGCCAAAUUUUCAUGAGGAUGUGUAGCAACCAGAACUCUCCUACAUGCAUCUACCCCAUGACCUAGCAAUUCCACUCUUGGAUAUUUACCCAAGAGAAAUGAAAACAUACAUCUAUAAAAAGGAUUGUAAAAAAAUUUUACUUAGCAUCUUUUUCAUAAUUCUCAAAUAUUAGAAGACUGAAAAAAAUGAAUGUACAAACUGUGGUAUAUUCAUACAAUGGAAUACUACCCAGUGACAAAAAGGAACAAAUUACUGAUACAUCCAACAGUUUGGGUCAAUGUCAAAAAUCUGACACUGAAAGAAGUGUUACACAGCAUGCUGAGUGGGUUAAUUUAAAUUAAGUUUCAGAACAGGAAUACAAUAGUAGAAAAAAAAUAAGUGUUUGCCUCUAAUUGAAGACAAGAAUGGUGAAGUGGAGAGUGACUGGGAAGGUCUAUGAGGGAACUUUCUGGGUGGUGGUGAUGCUCUAUAUUUUGAUAAGGGUUUGUAUUACAGGCAUAUGCUGUGGUCACUGCAUAUGCACUGACGUAUGUGAAUGGAUCAUAUCUGUAUUACACAGCAUGUACAUUUACCUUAAAAAUAAAAAAAAAUUUAAAAAUAGUAGGCAAUGGUAUGAAAAGUGGCAAGUAUACUGAUACAUACAGUUUCCCUUGAAAAGCAUAAAAAUAUGGAUUGACAGUAAAAUAAAGGGAUGACUACAUGGAUAGAUGUAUGAAAACGUAAGUAUAGAAAAUAAUAAUUGUAGAAUUUAGGUGGUAUGGAUAUAGGUGUUCAAUAUAAAAUGCUGAAAAUUUUUCUUUAUGUUUAAAAAUCUUUAUAAUGAAAUUCUGGUGAAAAUCACAAUUCAGGUUAAAAAGUGAAAGUUGAUCAGCUUUAACAAAUUUUAGUUUGUUGUUUAAUGGUAUAAUAUCCUUUAUGUCAUUGCAGUUGAGUAGCUCUCUUCUAAAAUUAAAUUUAAAUAAUAUUAUAAAAGAUUAGCAGUGACAACAAAAAAUAUUUAGCUAAAAGGUCUCUUGGUCAGAUUCCCAAAUGCCCAAAAGCCUUUUCAGGCUGGGAUUUUGCUCAGACUCCUCUGAGGCAGACAUCCCAGACUGGCAGACAGUGUGCUCUCUGGGCCUUGCAGAUUCUGUGCACGAUCUCAGAAAUGGAUCUGGCUAGCUCUGAGCUUGGCUUAGAAACAUGCCCUUUCUCCCAAGGAUGACCUCAUUUUGGCACCAGGUACACUAGGACACAAAAAGAAACAUUUCAUUCAGAAUCAUUCAAGGGGUGAAUGGAUAUCACCUUGCUUCUGUGUUGAGGUUACCCACUCAGGAGCCUGAGAAAUGAAUUUUCAGAAUACAAGACAAGCAUGCAUGUCCAGAAGCUCAAAUUCCUUCAUUCUCAUAGAAAGGUCGUGGAAUGGGUGAAGAGUCUUGAAUUAUUCCCUGGAAGCAAUCCAUAUCUUUCUCCUGCUUUCCCUCUUCCCAUUAAGGAAACAGAGGGAAAGGAGGGUCUUCCGGCAAUGGACUCACCAAACACAUCCCGACAGGAAGACUGCAGUCCACCUCCAACCUGAAUGCAUGAUCCUUCCAGAUAGAUGUCUAGAUACAAUAAAAAGGUGAAAGACUGUCUGCAAGCCAGGAAGAGAGCCAUCACCAAGAACCCAACCAUGCUGGCAACCCUGAUCUUGGACUUCCAGCCUCCAGAACUGUGGGAAAUAAAUUUCUGUUGUUUAUGCCAUCUAGUCUAUGCUAUCUUGAUAUAGCAUCCCAUACUAACCAAGAUACUGACACUGAUGUCAAACAUGUCCACUGUUAAGUGAGCUGACUUUCAGGAGAGAAUCUCUUAAUGAUAUAGCUUCACAGAUAUUAUUAGAUACUAUGUUGCUAUAACAACCACACUCAGAUAUGGCUUUCUAGCAGUGUGUCCCUUUGGAAGAUAUGAGGCUGUUGAGCAAGAUUUGUCUGAAGGACAUGGAUGGUGUCCCCAGUUACUAUGGUAUAGGCUGGCAGCUAGAUUCAGCUGGUGAUCUUUCCCUAUCUUCCUUUUCCCUGUCUAGGCAUCCAGCUACCACAUUACAAUUAUGUCUAUUAAUUUUCCUUCUUUGGCACAAUUAUCUCUAUCAAAUUUUCUGGCAAACUUUGUUUGAACCUUAUGUAUACACAACAGUUACAAGCCAAAAGAAUUAUCAAGAGGGAAAGCAUAAGUUCCUGCUUAACUCACCAUUGAUGACCCAGUGUCAAUAAUAUUUGUGUUUUAAGCUAUAUUAUUGUUUUGUCUAGUCCCCUUUUAUAACUAGUAAUGUUGUUCCGCCUUGGGUUGGUUUGUGGCCAACCCAAGGGCUGCAGUUGUUCACCAUGUGGGGACUCUGGCCUACUAGGCUCACUAACAUAGUGCCCCAAAGGGUUCACUGGCCCAUAACAGCAGGAGGCAGCAGGAGCCCUUCCCAGAGAAGGCAAUGAUACCAGUAUGGUCAGCACCAUCUCUCUUUCUCAUGGACAGUGUGGUACAGUAGCUGUUUUCCCAAGUGUCUUCUGGCAGACAGACUUUUCUGAAGGGGAAAAAAGGCAUGAAGGGAGUCAGGAUUCAUGGAUUACUUUCUUCCAAUUGCCUGAGGAGUUUGCCUUUCUAGGAUCCAAAUUUUUAUAAAGUGCAUGUUGAGAUAAAUAGAUGGAACAUUGCUCAAGCUUCUGCUUUAAGAGUCAAAGGUGUAAUCUUGGAAUUGGUUCUUAUGAAGCAUGCUUCCAAUGCACAGCAUAAGACACAAAACCUACUUGAGACACAGUAGAGUUUUUGUGAACAGAUCUUAAAAAUUUGGUAUUUGCUCAUGGGUAUGGGUCAUCUAGUUUUCAAUAAACAAGGCUACCUCAGGAAUUCUACUUUCCUAAAAGCUUUGGGGAAAGACCAUUUUGACUAAUCUCAUCCAAAAGCAUCUCCACUUUCCUCAGAGAGGAAAUUUAGGAUAAGAUUUACUUUGUCAAAUUUUGAAAGCUAAAUGAGCAAAUUUCUCUGGCAUAAAGCCAUUUACAUUGACAGUGCUUUUAGUUACCAGAUGAGGAAUUGUAGCAUUCUAGUAUAAUCACCAUUUAAAUUGAACCUAACUGCAAGUCACAAAAACAAUUCUCCCCACUGUAGUGUCAGUUUAUUUCUAUGCCUCAAUCCAUCUGACUCACAUACUCAGCAUAUAUGUGAAGAUGGAAGAUAGAGAUCUGUCAUUCAGUCACUGUCAUAUGGUUCAGAUUGUUAAAUAUCUUGUACUUACCAGUGAAUGACAUCAGUGAUCCUAUUUCUAGAACAAUCUGUGUCUCUGAGAUCAUUUUAUUCUCAGAAUAUCAUAACAAAAUAAUAUGCAACUGAAGGUGACAAAUUAAUUUAACCCUAUUGAACCCUCACUUUCCUCAACCCACAUGGGUAAGAACAGAUUUUACUCUGAAAUGCCCAAUGAGUGUUUAGGUUGUUCAUGUGAAACACUAAGAUUGGGGUUUCCUUACAGUGGCUUAUUGCUAACUUUAAAUAAAUUUCUGAAGUCAUUGACUUAAUAAGGAGAAAUAAAAUUUCUUAUUAUUAUAAAUUGCCAAGUAACACUAAGCACCUCAAAAUAGAGUAGUUAAGUAGUAAGCCAAUCAGAACAACCCUGAGCAAUGUGUCCUAGGUCAUACCCAGAUUGAAUUCAACUGUAGUGACUCUAAAUGGAUAUUUCUAAUUAUACCAGAGACAGAGCCAAGUUGUUUGUAGGGCCUUAAGUUUAUAGGAUUCUAAGAGCCCUGUAAUUAAUUUGAAAAAUAAAUUACAAAAUUUCAAAUUAAAAAUUAUUAAACUUGAGCUUCAUUAGCUUCAUGAUAAAUCUAGCUCUGAAUUAGACCAAUUAAAACCUUACACAUUGGGGAAAACUCUAAUAGCUUUAUCAGCAUUUAAUAAUGCCAGUACUGAAGAUAUUCAAGGGGAGGGGGUGCAGAUACAGGGGAUUGAACUCAGAGGCACUCAACAACUGAGCCACAUUUCCAGCCCUAUUUUGUAUUUUAUUUAGAGACAGGGUCUUACUGAGUUGCUUAAUGCCUCACUUCUUCUAAGGCUGGCUUUGAACCCCCAAUCCUCCUGUCUCAGCCUCCCAAGCCCCUGGGAUUACAGAUGUAUGCCACUGUGCCUAACUCAAGGUGCUUUGAUGCCUGGCAUUUCUUAACAACUGAAGGCUACCGAAAUGCUUAAAAUAUUUUUAUAGCAUGAUGAACAGGGAAUGUGGAGAUUCAAACUCCACUGAUGUGCCCUUCCAGCCCAUAAAUAUUUAGAAAAAAGUUAAAGUAGCAAGCAGAUUGGUAGUGCCAACAGUUAGAAAGUAGCUAAGAGAGUUGAAAACAAAAUGGAUAAGGAAAGAGCCUUUUGAAUUUUUUAUUGAAAUAGAAUAGAUUCCUAUAAACUAAACUACCCAAGUGGUUGUUCAAAUCAUUCAUUUGAAAUUAGAACAGCUAUAAUACAUAGUAAGACAGCCAGGUGUGUGGUGCUUUUUUUACUUGUUCACUUGUUUUCAUAGUUGCUAUAGUUUUUGUAAUAGUCAUUAAAAUAGAUACAAAACUAUUAAAGUAAAAUAAUGCUCAUUGUUACUCUGAGCACUAUUUUACUUUAAUAAAAUCAUUAAAGAUAUGGGAACCAUAUGAGGGACACACAGAAGAUUCUAGCAGAGAUAGAACCAGAUACAAAGGCAGGGAGACCUGAAACAACAGGUUUUAUUUUGAGAACUCCAAGUGAGUUGCAGUAGUAGCCAUGGGACAGAGAAUGUCAUGGAUAGGACUGAAAAUAAGCAGUGCAGAUAACAGAGUUUGGAUUACCUAACACAAAACUACCUGAGAAGCUUCAGUAAAUCACUGAGGAUAUUAAGUGGGGAGUUAUGUGCUGAGACUUUUGUUUUUUAAAGAUUCGUAGAGUGGCUCAAGGACAAGGAAGGAACCUGAAGGCAGGAAAAAGGCUGAAUGGUCCCAUUAGGAUUCAAAAGAGAAAAAAUGUUAGAAAGUACAGUCAUGCUUCACUUGAUGAUGGAGAUAAGUUCUGAGCAAUACCUCAUUAGCCAGUCUCAUCAUUAUGCGAACAUGAUAGAAUAUACUUACACAAAGUAAGAUGGCUAUGAUCACUAGGAUCACUAGGCAGUGUAACUAAAUACAAUCUUAUGGGAACUAAAUCAUGUAUGCAGUAUGUUGACCAAAAUGUUGUGUGGCUGUUUGGGGAAGAAGGUUAAAAACUUUUUGUUAAUCUGGCUAAUGGAGAGUGAAAAGCUGUCAAGUCUCAUUCUCUUAGGUAGCUACAGAACUGAGCUGGGUGCCACAGGUGGGAGAAGGAGGAGGCAUGGAUGACUGCCAAGUCUCCAGAUUGGGUGGUUGUAAAGUGGUGAGGUUAACCUGAAUAUUUGUGAUGGUAAGUUCUUAAAGGGAAGAUAGAAUGGGGCAUGUUAAGUUCAAUGGGUCUGUAGGAUAUUUAAGUGAAGCUAUCUAUCAGACAGCUGAGAGGAAGAGUGAAGCCUAGAUACAGAAAUAUGAGAGUCAUUGUCAGCCACAGGAGGAGAGUAAAGGCGAAAGGCACUUGUGAGGGGAAAAGGGCCAAGGACAGCACCUGAGGACUGCCACAGUUUUCACUGUUAGGAGAGAAAAGGUGAAGAAGCAACUGAGAAAGAACUUUCAGGGAAGUGGGAAGAGAAUCAGUAAAGAAAGGUUUUUGUAGAAACCUCUGAAGGGGACAGUUCCAAGAAAAAUGAAACAAUCAAGUUCAAAAUAUAGCCAAAAAGUCAAGUACAGUGGGUCUGGGAGCGAUAGUGAAGUUUGCAGUGGAAUUCCAAGAAGCUGGUGGGAGGAGUGCAGAGGACCCAUCCCUUCCAGUGGAGAAGUGGGUGGAAUGCAGAUGAGUGAAGGAGAGGCAGGGGCUGCGGGGUCCUGUGGGUGUGAGAGCUCUUUUCCAAGAGUAGAGACAUCCAGACUUAUUUCCAUGUAGGAAAGUAGCCAAAAGAAUUGGGCAGGUUAAAAUUACAGAAAAUUGAGGACAGUUAAAUGAAGCAAACCUCCUGAGGCUAUGGAAAGGGAUGAGAUCAAAAGAGUAUGAGGAGCAAAAAUAUAGAGAAAUUGGAACCUUUGUACUUUGCUGGUGGGACUAUAAAAUGAUGCAGCCACUUUGGAAAACAGUUUGGCAGUUCUUCAAAAAUUUAAACAGAAUUACUGUAUGAUUCAGCAAUUCCACCCAAAAUAAUUUAAAAGAAGGGCUCAAGUACUUGCACUUGUGCCAUUGCAACAUUAUUUACAAUAAUCAAAGGUGACCAUGAACAAAUAAGUAAGCAAAAUGUGGUAUGUGCUUAAAAUGGAAUAUUAUUCAACCAUAAAAUGGUAUGGAGUUCUGAUAUAUGCUAUAAAAGGGUGAAAUUUGAAAACAUUAUGUGAAGUUAAAUAAGCCAGACAAAUAUUAUAAAAUUCCACUUAUAUGAAAUAUCUAAAAGAGGCAAAUUCUUAGAGACACAAACUAAUUAGAGGUAUCAAGAGCUACUGGGAGGAAAGAGUUAUUGAUUAGUGGUUAUAGAGUUUCUGAUUGGGAUAAUGAAAAAAGCUAAAAAAGAGAUAGUGGUGAUGACUAUACAACAUAAUAAAUGUUAAUAAAUGCUCCUGUAUACUUAGAAAUGGUUAACAUGGUAUAUUUCAUGUUAUACUUAUUUUACUGCUAUAAAAUUUUUUUGUAGGUAAUGCCAGCCAUAAUAUACAUGAUGAGUUAAUUUGAUCAAUAAAAUAUUCAAAUAUUUUAUUUUAAAAAAGAAUAUGAAGGAAUUAGUACUAAUCAAAACAGUAUCUUUCUCUGAGUUGGGAGCAUAGGUGAAGAUGUUUACAGAUCUAAGAUUGCCCUUGUAUAAUGAUUACUUUUAUGUGUCAACUUCACUGGGCUAAGGAAUGCCCAGAUGGCUUUUCUGUGAGGGUGUUUAUGGAGGUGAUUAGCAUUUGAAUCAGUAAAAAGACUAAAUAAAGAAGACUUAUCCUGUAAGUGUGGGUGGGCACAUCCAAUCUGAUCGGCCACCAUAAUGCAAAAAUGUGAAGGAAGGGAGAAUUCACUCCAUUUGACCAUGGACAUUCAUCUUCUCUUGCCCUUAGAUGCUAAGACAUUGAUGCUACUUCUCAGGCCUUCAGAUUCUUUCCAGAACUUAUACAAUUACCCCAACCCUUUCUCUCCAACCAUUGUUUCCCAGUUUGCAGCUUGGUUACAUCUAACCAGUAUCCUUUCAGUUCUGUUUAUCUGGAGGACCUUGACUAGUGCUUCUUGUCUUCAGAGACAUUAAGGGAGUUGCUGACAGCCUCUUCUACUGUUGUUGUUUUGUUUUGCUUUUACUACACAUAAAGCACUCUCCUUAGAGUGGUGAGGGAUAGGUAGGGGUUUAAUAAGGAAUUAGAGGAGAUAGUAAAGAUUAAGAAUGGAUACCAAGUGGAAAGGGAAAGGGAGAUGACAAAGGAUAAAUAAAAUAACUGUUGAUAUGUCAUACUGACAGCAGAGAGUUGCAAACUGCAAGUAUAUAUAGUGUUUUCUCUUAAUGGUUUUUUAUAUUUAUAUGCUUUGCUUUUGGGGUUUUGGGGUUUUAUUUGUUUUGCUGCCCCUAGUGUAGAAUUUAGAGGGACUGGUUUACUGGACUCCACCUGGAUGGGGUAUUUGUGGUGUAAUCAGGAAUAUUUUAGAGGGUAGUAGAAGAAUUGUCCCCAUGUUGAAUCAUGGGGCUGAUGCAAACAAAAGUAAGAAGGGACUCAUAACCCUGGAGACAGGGAGGUUAAAAUGAAAAGAUGGGUUUCAUGAGAGUGAGAAGGCAGGGGGAAGCAGUGGGACAGGAUGUUGGACAUUUAGUGUUGCAAAGGUAGGACUUUUCUUGAUGUUAUAUUAGGAGUAGAUUCUAAAAAUGAAGGUAAAAUUGUUAAAAUAGUUGGUGUAUCAGAACAGGCCAAGAUGUCACAAGUAGAUAAAACAUGUUUAAUGGUGUAACUCUAAUAGAAGUUUAUUUCUUGCUCAUAUAAAUAAUCCAAGGCAGUCAGUAGAGAUGUUCUGCUUCACCGUAACUCAAAGAACCAAGCUACUGGAGGAUCUCUCAUCUUUAACUGGCAGUUUUCAAGAUCAUCUGUGCACUAACACCAGUUAAUGUGAGGAAGAAGAACAAGGAGGAGCCUGUAUAGGUGGUUUUAUGGUCCAGGCCUGAAAGAGAUGUGCUUCAAAUCAUCGCAUUUCAUUGGCCAGAACUUAGUCAGGCCUCACACCAAGAAACAAACAAGUCUGGGAAAUGUGAAGUUGUGUGCCCUGUAAAAAGAACAACCAGCAGCUCCUGCUACAUUAGGGUUCUAAAGCCAAUUUUUAAAUAAGCAUUUACCAUUUGAUGCUGCUACUUACAUCCAGAGGUAAAUUACAAAAAGGCUCACUUUAACAGUUCAACCAAAAAAGCAUUAUUUAAUAUAUGUGAAGUGUUCACAUCCAAUUCUACUCCCUCAAUCUUUUUUUAUAUCUACCUAGAUUAGUCUUGUGACCCAGUUCUUCAUUUGAUAGAGUUUUAUUCUUUUUUCCUUCCUGAGAAAUGUGUACAAGAUUUUAAAAAUAUAAUGCAGCCCCCUUUUCACCCACUCUGUGCUAGCAGUAAAUAUUAAAAAUAAGUGUGACACCCAUGAAGUCAUUGAAGACAUUGGCCCCUCAGUGAGCCAACACAGACAUUGAGUUGAUUUCAGUGUAAGACCCAUCUGCCUUUUAACUGUUUCUUUAACAAAUGAGGUAAAGACUUUGGAGCCACACAAAUAGUUUCUCUCUGCUAACAAGCCACUCUGUGCUUAUUGGGGGGAGUGUAUGUUUACUUUUAAAUAACAUAGAGCCUCCCCAAUAUGUGUAUUAUCUAUCUUAAAUUUCCCACCAAUAGAAAAGCAGCACAGUACAGCAUCAGUGCGAGUUGCUGGCUUAGAAUUCUGAGCUCAUAGUCACCCACUAUGGUGAACUGUGGAGGCCAGGGGGAGAGGGUGGGACAUUCAGAAGAUCCCUACACCCCAGAGACGUUUCUCCCCAGAAGAUUUCAUCCCAAGAACUAUGUUAAAAUAGUCAAAGGUGUAAACUUGAAUAGUCCACCACCUUCCUUUCCAAAAUUAUAUGGAAAUUCUUCGGGAAAUGAAUCCAGGGUUUUGGUGGGGAAAGACUGUUUGAAGAACCAUGGUGAAUUAUUACAGAGUAUUAGGGGUGCCUCCCAAUGCUUCCUCCUCUGAAAUCAAGAAGGCUUAUCACCAGUUGGCUCUGCGGAUACACCCAGACAAGAAUCUAGAGGACAAGGAGGCUGCUGCCGAGAGAUUCAAAGAAGUGGCAGAGGCCUAUGAGGUCUUGUCUGAUCCCAGGAAACACAGUGACUAUGACAGGUCCAGAGAGAACUGCUUCCCAAAGGAAAUCAAAAGAGACAGCAGAUAUAAGGAACAUCUGGUGGAAGAACCGCGCUUUGAGAGGCCACGCCAUGUCUUUGAGAAUGACUCUGAAGAUGAACACCACUUCUCAGACUAUUUUUCUCUUGGCCACAAUGAUAGGGCUAGGAGAUUUCACUCCUCUCUCUUUGAUGUGACCCCCAUAUUGGACACAGGAUUUUCCACUUUUGUAUCUGUGGGCUCCAGAUCGAAUCCCUUUACCUCUGAGACAUUUGUACCCUUUGUAAGCAGUGGAAUGGGAAACUUCAAACUGGUUACCACUUGCAGCCAGAUGGUGAAUGGUAAGAGAGUUGUUACACGGAAAGUUGUAGAACAUGUGAGGAGAGAGACUGAAGUGGAAAAAGAAAGAUUUUUUCACCAGAUUCCUCAACCUCAUUGGUAAGGAAUUGCUAUUGUUUUCUGUAAUGAGGAAUGUCAUAUGAGGCUGGUGUAUCAUAUGAAGCUUAUCAAAGACAGACUUAAAAUCUGAGCAUGUGCUAAACUAGAAUGGACAGAGGUCAGCUUAGUCCAAACCUCUCAUUUCAUAGGAAGGAGGUAACAGAUCAGAUGUUGAUACAAAAAAACUAGUAAGCAGCACAGUUGCACUCUAGCCCAGACUUCUGGUUCUUUCCCUUCACAUUAUCAGAGACAGUACAAACCACUACCACACAUGAGGCUUCUGAGUCAGCUGCAGGGCCCUCCUUCACAAACCCCAUCAUCUUAUCUUUUCUUCAACAUUUUGCCUCCUCUACCUUGCUGUCCGCCAGUCACCUUUCUCGACAGCUGUUCUUUUUCUUUCCUAUCCUCUCUCUUUGCUUCUUCUCUUCCAACCUCAGCUUUCUUCCUAUGCAUGUUUGAGGACCAUAUCACACUCAGCUCAAUUCAAAGAGUUUUCUAGGGAUAGGUUGAUUCUGGUAGAGAAAAAGAGUGAAAAGUAAGUGGGUUAAGCUUUUUAUGUGCUUUUUUCUUAGUUUUAAUAUCUCAGCUGUGUCUGGAAUUCUACUUCACAUGUGUUAUCUCAGAAAUCCAUUCCACAGCGAAAUUAAGUAUCUGCUUUCCCCCCAUCAGGUAGAUAAGGAAAUGAGGCUUGGAGUGAUUAAGUAACAUGUUCCAGGCCCCACCUAAUAAGCAGUAAAAUAGGAUUCUGCUCUAAAGCACAUUCUUAUCUACUGCUCUAUGACUACUCAUUUAUUUUAAAAUCUGGGGUCUCAUCCUAACUGGAAAUUUAAAUCUUUCAUCUCUAAACCUUACUUCAAUGCAUGCGUACUAUGCAAGCAUUUUUAAUUUUAUGGCCUAACAGGAACUUGAAUGUCACUUUCACUUGAAGACAGAAUCGCCGUAACAAGUGUCUCUGAAACUAACAAAUGAGAAUCUAUUAACACAGGAAUCUAAAGAUAUGAAUUAUAUUUUUGUUUUUGUAUGUACAUGCAAAAUCUUGGGAUCUUUUUCCCCCGCCCACAUCCUUUCAGUUGGAGUUGGUUGCACUUCAGCCCCUUCCAUUUGUAUUAAUGACCAUAUUUUGAUCCAUAGGAAUUGUUCUUUAUGGAAAAUUACUGAUGGAGUCUGCACUAGAAUCUCUGUCUUCCAAUUUCCAGUGCCGAGCUCAUUCCAGUAUACCAUGAUGAUUGGCAAAAUUUAGAUUUAAUUUGCAAUCAUAAUCAUUUUUAGGAGUUAUAUAACAAAUUAUCAGUUUUCUUAAAGAACUUUCCUAUGUGUGCAAUUUUUAUUAGAAAAAUAUUUUGUGUAGUUUUUGAGCAUUUUAAUUGCAAUAAAUUUUCUGAACUUGAACGGGAAUAUGCCUGCUUCCCUCUGGCAAAGGGCCCAUACUUGAAGACAGGAAGCAAAAGAUAGAUUUGGAUUCAGAACACAGCUCAUUUCUUUCAAAGCCCAUACAUCUCUACUUAGGACUCACUGAGAGCCUCCUACGUGACAGGCACUGUGUUAGGCACUUUAAAUCAAUCAUUUCUAAUCACCAGAGUGUUAUUCAGGGUUUUAUUUUCAUUCUGUGAGUGAGGAAACUGAGGCUCAGGGAAGAUUCAGGCCCACAGUAAGUUGCAGAGACAGGCUUCAGACUGUGGUUUGCCCACUAGGAAGCUUACAUUUCCAUUAUGCUAUAUUCCACCCUCAUUCAUCUGAGCUGCAUAGUCAUGGAUUAAGAAGGGAGAUUUUUUCAUAUGGAUGAAUUAACAAUAUACAUUUCAACUUUUUAAUAAUAACGUCUCCAGAUGGAGCUUCCUUCUACCAGCUCUGGUUUGAGGUGAACUGCAGUGUAUUUUCUGAAAAAAGGGAUAAUCAAGUUGGAGCAUAAAACAUGAUUUUCCAUUUUAUGUUAAGUAAAAUUCAAAUUUCAGCAAUUUUCACAGACAAACUUGGUUUUGACAGAAAUGCUGAGCAGUAGAAGGACUUUUUUUAAUCAGAAAAGAUUUUUUUUAAAAAUUCACUUUGUUAGUAAAAGGAAGUUUUCUUCUUGUAUAGAAGUAAAGAAAUUUCCUCUUUCCUGAAGCCUGUUUAAAAUAUGUAGAAGUGUUAUGUAUAAGCAAUCACCAUCAAUGAAAAGAUGGAGAGCAGGAAGGGUUUCUCCAGGUCAGUGUUCAUCAGUGCCCAGGACAGACUUUGCAGGAACCUGUGUGUGACUCAGGUUCCUGAGGCCUCACCAUGUCUUCAGGUUGGCCACUGUGAUUUCCAGGCACCAGGAGUUCCUCUACAGGUAACACCAGGGCCAGAGAGGAAAUAAUAAGUUUUUCCAGAUGUGGAAAGAGAAUGAGAUGGACAGAGGGAUAGAGGGAAGAAGAAGGAUGUAAAGUCAAAUAAGAGGCACCAGAGAAAAAAACCACUUCUCAAUAGUAUGAGAAACUGAAAGACAGUAAAUUCCUUCUUAAACUUACAGAAUUCACUAAUGGAAAGGGAGAGUGAGAGAGAAAGAGCUUAAUCAUGAGAGUCAGUUCCUAUGUCCUUAGUGAUUUUCCACUUUUGCCAUAGCAAGCAAUUUUUUUUAAUGUGGUAGUGUUUUGAAUAGUUGUAUCUCACAAAUUAAUGCAAGACAUUUUGUCUACUAAUAGCUAACAAAAUAAAUGUUUCCAAACUCAAAAACACUGUAGACCAGCUAGGAGUUCCCUAUUCAGUUCUAGUUCGUGCUAGGCAGUUGACAAGUAAAAUGAGGACCACAGUCCUGAAGAGCAUGGUUCAAGGGAGAACAGCAUGCACUUCUGUCACUCCUGGCUCAGGGUAUGUGCUCAAGAGCAUUCUCAUGGAUACCUGUCAGAAACCCCGGGUUCCCACAUCACCCCAUGAGAAGAAAGAGAAGAAAGGGGGUCUUGCCUGAGGUCACAGAGUGGGUUUUCCUACAGCUCCCUAACCUGGAGCUGUUACUCCUACACUCUUAAGCAUCCAAAGCACAUUUCUUCACUCCCUGGCAAGGUACACAAAAGGGUUGGGAGGAGUGGCUUCCCUGAGGUAGGUAAAAACGGAGUCACAGUUUCAUAUAGUGCUGUUGCAUAAUGUGUCCCCUCGUGUUCCCUUGUCUGUUGAUCCAGGUAAGUACAGGAGUAAGUGAGUAUGUAAAAUCAUAAACAAAAAUACCAAGACAGCCAGUCCACCUUCUGACCCCACCUUGUUAAGAAUCAACUCAGAUUCUUAACAGUUUAAGGUUUCUACAGUAAACAAUAACAAAUAUAAGAUGGCAGUCAGAAGUCUCAAUGUUUCCUUUCUAGAAUUUUCCAGACACUUUCUAUGCUUAGGGCUUUUAGACACUUUUCUAUGCUACCUCUUUGGUAAGAAGGCCAUUUUAAUUUUACUCCAAAGCUUCAUAGUCUCCAGAAUGACUGGAGUGGAGUGCACCUAACUGCGUACUUCAGGAUGGGAGGAACAGACUCAGCAGAACAGGGCUGAUUUUCAGCUGGCAGGACAUCACCCCUCACUAUAUUAUUUGGAAUCCUGAGGAUCUAUUGAGUUGGAGUGUGGUAGAAACCCUCAGAAUGGAGAGGUUGGUUUUAGGGUAAAAAAGAAUGAUUCUUUUAAUGGGUAGAAACAACCUCCUAGAAGAUGUCAUUUUACCAGUGCUCA